AUGUUGCCCAGUCGCAGUGAAGCCGAAUGCAACAACCGGGACCUGCUCAGCAUCCCCAACUCCCUACAUUUCACUACCUCCUUCCCGUCGGCAUGCUACAGCAACCGCGCCACCUUCGACAUCAACAACAUCCUCGGCCUCGGCAACAUCUCCGUUGGCAUGCAGAUGCGAGCUACUGGCAACAGUACCAACAACGACGACAGCACGAUCCCACAGUCGUACCAGUUUGUUCCCUCUGGCCAGAACUACUCAUCAUCGUGUUUCCUGGAUCAACAUAACCUCAUUGGUACCAUGCCUCCUGUCGCACACAAUACAGUAUUCCCUCUAGACAUGAACACCAACAACUUUAUUCAGUUCGACUACCAAGGCGGCAACUGUGACAGUGAGUGAUACUUAGCAUGCUCAUAUUAUAUUUAUGUAGAGAAUGCAUUAUAAGCUUUUUAUUACUUCAGACUUCAAUAACUUGAUACUGGACGAGAGCUCAGACAGACUGAACAGAAGCAAAGAAGAUUGUACGUCCUCUGGAUCCUCCGCUCCGGCAGGAGGAAUCUCGAAACGGAAGAAGCGAAGACAUAGAACCAUCUUCACUCAGUAUCAACUAGAUGAGUUAGAGAAGGCAUUCAAAGUGGCACAUUAUCCAGAGAUGGCAGCUCGAGAGUUACUGUCACAAAAAACCGAACUUCCAGAAGACCGAAUACAAGUAAGUCUCCUAUACCUACACAAUUUUGAAAAACAUAUUUCAUUUUAAAAUUUACAUGACAUAGACUGCAACAAAAUGUACAUUUAACUUUUUCUUUUAGUUUAGGUACUGUAACAUUAAGUAAUUUUAUUAUUAUAGGUAUGGUUCCAAAAUAGGCGCGCCAAAUGGAGGAAAACAGAGAAAACCUGGGGCAAGAGUACUAUAAUGGCUGAAUACGGACUAUACGGUGCAAUGGUACGACAUCAACUGCCGUUACCAGAAACAAUAGCCAAAAGCACAUCAGAAGACCCAGACAAGUCAGCCGCUCCAUGGUUAUUAGGUAAGCCUACGCGUUUUAUCUUGAUUUGGUAAGCAAACUUACGUACAAUAAGUUCUGUCAUUUUUUGUGUUUUUGAAGAGCUAGUUGUUUUUUGAGUAAAAAAUCAUUGCAGACGACGUUCGAUCAUAAAGCAACGUAUUUUGAAAUCCUUGCAAAACGUUCUUUUCCAGGCAUGCACAAGAAGAAUAUCGAAACCCGAGGACAGUGGGACGCUGACGGAUCAGAAGAGGAAGACGAAGGAGACCAGGACAAGAAGACCCUCCACUUCGAUCCCAGACAGAUCAAGACCAAAGAGGAAUUGAGCUUGGCCAACAUUCCAUUAUCUCUCCAACCGUACACGGUGCCUAAUUUCCCGUACGGUCCUUAA